CUCUUCCGGUCUCAGGCGCUUCGCCAGCCGCGGCUUACUGUGUAGACAUGGCCAAGUCCAAGAACCACACCACACACAACCAAUCCCGGAAAUGGCACAGAAAUGGCAUUAAGAAACCUCGAUCACAAAGAUAUGAAUCUCUUAAGGGGGUAGACCCCAAGUUCCUGAGGAACAUGCGCUUUGCCAAGAAGCACAACAAGAAGGGUCUGAAGAAAAUGCAGGCCAACAACGCCAAGGCCAUGAGUGCACGUGCUGAAGCUAUCAAGACCCUUGUAAAGCCCAAGGAGGUCAAGUCCAAGAUCCCAAAGGGCGCCAGCCGCAAGCUUGAUCGACUUGCCUACAUUGCCCACCCCAAGCUUGGGAAGCGUGCUCGUGCCCGCAUUGCCAAGGGUCUCAGGCUCUGCCGGCCAAAGGCCAAGGCCAAGGCUCAAACCAAGGCCCAGGAUGCGGCUUCAGCUGCAGGUCCGGCGCAAGCUUCAGCUGCAGCUCCAGCUCAGCCUCCAAAAGGUGCCCAGGCCCCCACGAAGUCUCCAGAGUAGAGGCCUCUGUCUGCCAACGUGAGGUCAGAAGGACUGGUGUGACCCCUGGGCUGUUGUCUGCAUGGGGCCGGUGUCCUGUGUUUGUACGAAUAAACAUGAGGCAGGAUGUUA